AUGGCUGACCCAACAGUCAAUGAAAGCCCGGAACUAACUCCAACGGCGGAGGUGCAUUCUCCCCAUUCGCCGCAGAACAAGGACGCUGAAGCGCCGCAGGUUGUGCCAGUCAAUCAAGAGGAAAAAGAGAAACUGGACAAAGUGAUCCAAUCUGAUGAUUUUGCAACCUUCCUCCGUAAGCGAUCGAUUCUUGAAGAAGACCAUGCUCAGGGACUCAAGAAGCUUGCCCGUGCCAUGCACGAUUCCUCGAUACGGCCGGACAAUCGCCAAGGUAGUUUUGCGAAAAGCUACGAUGAGAUGAACAAGAUACACGAUCGCAUGGCAGAUCAUGGGCUCCAAUUUUCCGUUUCCCUUCAUCAAAUGUCGGAGGAUUUGAAUGAAUUGGCAGCCAACAUGGAACGAGGCCGAAAGCAUUGGAAACAGAAUGGUCUGAAUGCGGAGAAAAGGGUCCAGGAAGCUGAGGCGGCAGCUGAGAAAGCAAAAGCCAAAUAUGACAACCUUGCAGAGCAAUAUGACCGUGCUAAAACCGGCGACCGCCAACCCGGGAAAUUUGGACUGAAGGGACCCAAGUCUGCUGCACAACAUGAGGAGGACUUGCUCCGCAAAGUUCAACAUGGAGACACGGAUUAUUCAAAUAAGGUACAAGCUGCGCAGACGCAGAAACAAGAGCUUGUUGCCACUCUCAGGCCGCAAGCCACACGUGCCCUUCAAGACUUGAUCAACGAAUGUGACUCUGCACUAGCACUCCAAAUGCAAAAGUUUGCCUCGUUCAGCGAGAGGCUUUUGCUUGGUAGCGGUUUAUCAGUGAGCCCCUUGAGGCAUCAAGCCAACGACAAUGCACCCGUACCAAAGAGUCUUCGUGAAGCCGCCCGUCAGGUUGAUAACGAGCGAGAUUUCAAGGAUUAUAUCCUAAGCCAUGCAUCUAAGGCUAACUCGAGUUCUACAACAAUCAGAUAUGAGCGCCACCCAACUCUUACUACAUCUCAAAAUCCAAGUGCCCAUCCAAAAAGGCAAUCCCUGAGUAUCAAUACUGCGCCAACGCCAACUCCUCAAACCGCAGCACAGGCUUUUGCUCAAAUGACGCCUCAUAACGCUCCCCAGCUUCACCAUGCUCAACCACCCCGUCCUCCUCCCCCUCCAACAUUCCAACACCCCCAUCAGGAGACUUUCUUUACGCAGCCGACGCCGCAACACCACUCUCCUGCACCCUAUCCAACUACUACUCCGUAUCCUCAGCAUUAUCCUCCCCCCCAGCCGCGUCCAUCACAUAGUUUUGACCGUCAGGUAACCGCGCCGGGCCCUGCAUCUGCCAAUAAUGCGGCUCAACACUCAGAUUUACCCCCGUUGAACCCGGUUUUUGGAGUUAGCUUGGAGGAUUUGUUCCGAAGGGAUGCCACUGCGAUCCCAAUGAUCGUGUACCAGUGCAUUCAAGCGGUUGAGCUUUUUGGUUUAAAUGUGGAAGGGAUCUACCGACUUUCGGGGAACACCAUGCACAUACAGCGGAUGAAAGCAAUGUUUGAUAAUGACUCGAGGCAAGUCGAUUUUACGAACCCUGAGAACUUCCAUCACGAUGUCAAUAGUGUAGCCGGUCUUUUGAAGCAAUUCUUUCGGGAGCUACCUGAUCCACUGUUUACAAACGAACGCUAUCAGGAUUUUAUAAAUGCCGCUCGCAAGGACGAUGAUACGCAACGUCGAGACACUUUACAUGCCCUUAUCAAUAGUCUUCCGGACCCAAAUUAUGCCACUCUACGAGCACUGAUCUUGCACCUGAAUCAUGUGCAAGAACGAGCAUCCGAAAAUAGAAUGAAUGCGGGCAAUAUUGCCAUCAGCUUUGGCCUAACGCUUAUGGGCUCCAAUGCUGGCCACAGCAUCGCUGAUUCCGGAUGGCAGGCGCGAGUAAUCGAAACCGUCUUGCAAAAUACGUUUCAAAUCUUUGACGAUGAUUAG